AUGGCGAUCACAGGACUCGCCAUUAGCCCUGAAAUAGCCCAAUUGUUGACGAAUGCUGCUAGGAGAUUUUCCAGGUAUAUCUCCUUGUAUGUGGACGUCUUGAACAAGUAUAUUGGUUACCAACGUCGAGUCUCGACGCUGCGAUUCGAAAGAGCCACUUUGAUCAAAUAUGUCAAGAAAUUAAGGUUUUUGAAUGAACAUCUGAUUGACGUUGAGUUCUCGGAAUGGAUUGGUAACGAUCUAGCGUCAACGGCGGCUUCAUUGGGCACCUAUCUCAUAAGAUGUCUUGAAAUCUUAGAUUUGUUGAACUUCUACCUCACACAGAGCCUGCGCAACGAGACGAUCUCAAAGACGUUGAACGAGAAUCUGGUGUUCUCGGGCGAAUGCAUUGUGGUGAUGGAAACCACGUAUCAGCAUUAUGUGAAAUUCACCCAAUGGAUGUUGGAGUCACUCGGGUUGGAAGAUCAAGAUUUAACCAUUGAAGUGAUUCAAUUUGCUAGGAAAUGCGCCAAAGAGGAUGAAGUGGACUUGGAGAAGACCGACGAUAUCUUGCUGCAAGAGGUGGAUCGUGUGAGGGACGCGGACGAGUACCACGAACUGUUGAAAGAGUGGGAUCAGGUUCUAUUGGACAGACUGCAAUUGCUUCGCGAGGAUUUCGACGCAGAGUCCGAUCGUUGGCAAACGUUUUUCGAGGCUCGUAGAUAG